AACUUAAAAAUGAAUCUGAGACAGAUAUGGACAUAUCUGAUAAUGAAAGUGAAGGGUCAAAUACUAGAAAUGCACCAGCUAUAGUUCAACUAUAUAUUAAUGCAAGACGUGCCUCCAAGCAUGCGACAAAAGGAAACCAGUUAGAAAUUUUAAGUUGGUAUAAAUAUGCAGAGAGUUUUGAAAAAAAAGUAAAUGAAAUUUUAAGCAAUAAUCGAAUUACUCUAAAAACAGCAAAGUCAAUUGUCUAUAAAGAAAUUCAUAGUCAUCUUUCUUAUGUUUCUUUAGAAACAUUAAGGCAGAGAACUAAAAAAGCCAGAACUAUUUAUAAUUUUUUUAAAGAUAUUGGAGUAGACAAAAUUGAACGAAUUAGAUCAUUUU